GUCACAGCCAUGGCAGCUCUGUCAACGCUGGCGAGCUUCUCGAAGCGCUUGUCCGCGCUUCGGUACCUCCGGCAUCGCGUAGACAAAACGUCGAAAGUGAACGGUGGCGACUUGGUCGCAAAGGUGCUCAAAGAACACGACGUGAAGCAUGUGUUCACUUUGUCGGGUGGCCACAUCUCACCGAUACUCGUCGGUGCGGAGAAACUCGGAAUUCGAAUCGUCGACACUCGGCACGAAGUCAACACGGUCUUCGCUGCGGAUGCGGUGGCGCGACUCACUGGCAACGUAGGGGUGGCUGCAGUGACCGCGGGACCUGGUGUCACAAAUACGAUCACGGCGGUGAAGAACGCUCAGAUGGCGGAGUCACCUGUGCUGUUGCUCGGCGGAGCGGCUGCCAGCGCAGCUAAAGGGCGAGGUGCUCUCCAGGACAUCGAUCAGCUGUCCCUAUUCAAGUCCCUGUGCAAAUUUUCUGCGUCUGCAACCACCGUCCGGGACAUCGUACCGACAGUCCGCGCAGCGAUCCAGGCCGCUCUAUCGGAUACGCCGGGUCCGGUGUUCGUGGAGCUUCCGCUCGACGUUCUCUACCCGUACGAAAUCGUCCGCAAGGAGGUUGUGGGGAACGAUUCUGGGACCGCAAAGAGCCUCGGACAGAAGAUAGUGAACUGGUAUCUCGAGCUUUACCUGCACAAUUUAUUUGCCGGCGGCCUCGACGCCACUGAAUUCGGUCCGCUGCCAGUCAAUAUUCCUCUCACGAGCUCGGAACAGGUAAAACAAGCCGCUGGUUUUCUCUCCGGUGCCAAGAAGCCGGUUUUCAUCCUCGGUAGCCAGGCCACUCUAGGCCCGAAGGACGCCAAGGAUCUCAAAGCAAUUCUGGAGGGUUUCGGAGUGCCAUGCUUCCUCGGCGGGAUGUCCAGAGGGGUCUUGGGCAGGGACAGUCCCUAUCAAUUCCGGCACUGUAGGAGAGAUGCCUUGAAGCAGGCGGACGUCGUCUUCCUCAUUGGUUCGGUGUGCGAUUUCCGGCUAUCGUAUGGUCGAGUCUUCAACAAGAAAUCGAAAAUCGUAGCGGUGAACCGCAACAAAGAGCAACUCUGGAAAAACUCCGACGCCUUCUGGAAGCCCACUCUGGCUAUCCAAGCUGACGUGGGGUCGUUCGUGGCAGACUUACAGAAAGCUCUGCCUUCCUACAAGUGCGACAGCUCUUGGAUACAGGAACUCCGUGCGAAAGACGAUGCCAAAGAAGAGAAAAACGCAGAAAUGGCCAAGGCGCCUGUCGACAAGCACCUGAACCCCAUGAAGUUGCUGCAGGUUCUGGAGAAUGUGAUGCCCGACAACACUAUCAUAGUCGCCGAUGGAGGUGAUUUCGUAGCGACAGCUUCUUACAUUUUGAAACCGCGGGGAGCCCUGCAGUGGCUCGAUCCUGGAGCGUUCGGAACGCUAGGUGUCGGCGGCGGGUUUGCCCUGGGUGCGAAACUCGUCAAUCCCGAGGCUAACGUUGUUAUCAUUUAUGGCGAUGGCUCCGCCGGUUACUCUAUCAUGGAAAUGGAUUCUUUCACGAGACAGAAGAUCCCGGUGACCGCGAUCAUUGGCAACGAUGCCUGCUGGACGCAAAUUCUGAGGGAACAGAUAAAUAUGUUCAACUCCUCGGUCGCAUGCCCGCUCGCCUACAGCAACUACGAGCUCGUCGCCGAAGGACUCGGAGCCGAGGGUCGGCUCCUCAGGGCAGAGGACGAAAAUCGACUGGCUGAAGUCUUCCGCGAGGCUUUCAAACUCAAUAAGGAAGGGAAGAGUGUUCUGAUCAAUGCUCUCAUCGGGAAAACGGCUUUCCGAGACGGCAGCAUUUCGGUUUGAGCCCGAAAAAUCUUUUCGGUAACCUCGGAGACUACUGCCCGCUUCCAAGCGACGAUGCAAUGCAUCAAUGCUCUCUCGAUUUGCUCAAGGAACGAACGAUCAAAUCAAUUAUUCGAUA